AUGUUGUUAUUCUCUAGUAAUUUUGUUGCUGAAAAAUGGUUAGGAUUUGUGACAGCCAUUUGGGUUCAAGCAAUAUGUGGAAACAAUUAUACAUUUGCAAACUAUUCUGAUGUGUUAAAGUCUCUAAUGUUUCUGACUCAGAUGCAGCUUAACAAUCUCUCUGUUGCUAAAGAUGUUGGCAAAGCUUUUGGUAUUUUCUCUGGUCUUGUUUCUGAUCGUUGGCCUACUUCUGUUAUUCUCAUCAUUGGUGUUAUCAUGGAUUCAUUGGUUAUGGUGUUCAAUGGCUUGUUGUUUGCCAAAGAAUCACCCAUCUCCCUUAUUGGCUGGUAA